CGCAGCGCCUCCACUGCCAGCGCCAGCCAUGAGCCCGCACCUCUCCCUCCUCCUCCUCCUGGCCGCCUGCGCUGCGCUCUGCCGGGGGGCGCCGCUGGCCGGGGAGCUGCGCUGCCGCUGCGUGCAUGCCGUGACCGAGGUGAUCCCGCCGCGGCGCCUGGCCCGCGUGGAGCUCGUCCCCGAGGGGCCGCACUGCGCCGUGCCAGAAGUCAUAGCCACGACGAAGCAGGGGCAGAUGAUCUGCCUGAACCCCUCCGCGCCUUGGGUCCAGCUCAUCAUCACCAAGAUCCUCAACAGCUGAACGCAGAACAAAUGGUGAGGAACAGAAACUUGCUGGAAGGAAAAUGACUUUCUGACCCUGGGACUUAAGGGACCACUGAAUUUUUUCUCAGAAGGACACUGUAUUGGAGAUCACUCUAUUUAUUGAGUAGCUUAAUUUAAUGUAAUAAUAUUAGAUUGUAUUUAUUUAAAUGUUUUAAGUACAAUAUAAGGUCUAUCUUUAGUUUGGAGAUUGUCUUAAAAGCACAAUUUAAUGUGUCAUAUUAAAUUAGCAAGUAUUAACUUGCUUUUACAGAGAAGUGCAGGAGGGAAGAUACUGGGAUUAUUCUUAAUUCUCUCAGUAGAAAAUCUUUGCCUUGGUUCCAGCAUCAGUGAACCACUGAUGGAGCUUCAAUAUUAGCAUGGAAAUUCAUUUCCAUGCUACCCCCUUAUAUAGGGGGUAAUGUCUAAUUCACAUGUAAAUAUUUAUUUUACAUAGCAGCUAUGAACAGAGGAGGAAACUGCUGCCUCUCAAAACAUAUCUUAGUUUUGUUCUGCACAUCUUACAGACAUGUGACUGGAAAAAGCUUUCCCAGCUAUCACGGGAAAGCUCUGCAGUCAGUGUGCUGUGCCAAAGCCAAAGUUUAACCCAGCAGUGCAAGUUCACCAUCAACAUCAAAUUCCCUUCUCCUGCAAGACGUCCUGGUAUAGGCAACACUGUUUAUCUCUAGGUUUUGAAUUUUGAGAGAGCUGGUGUUUUUUGCUCUUUGCAGCCUUAGACAUCUUAUGUCUUUUUUUUGUAUGGCAUAAUGUCAUGAUUUAUAUGUAAGUGAAAAUGAGGCUAUGCUGAAGAAUGUUUAUUUAUAAUAGUCCAUAUUCAUUUUUGGAAUUGUAUGCUUACAACUUCCCCUGCUCUUCAUAUUUCUGUCCAGUCAAAAUUUAAUGAGAAGGGGAAAUCUAAACCACUUUAAGUGCUAGUAAUUAAAUGUUAUCAUGGUUAGAUCACGUAAUUUUUAUUAAACUUCUCACAGUAAUCUUUCCAAGCUGCCAAAGAAACCCUCUGGGUUAUACAGUAUGUAUAAUUAUAUAUUAGGUAUAUUACUGUAACAUUCAAAAUUCAGAAUAACUAAAGCAAGUAAAUAAAUUAAAAGCAAGAUUUCUGUAAUGGUUUAUUACUAUGUAUAUUCUAAUUAACGGAGUUUCCUUUUUUGUUAAUUAUAUUUAGUUUGGGGGGAGGUAAAUAAAUAUUUAGUAAAAUA